CAUGACAGUCAUCUAAACAGUGCUGCAGCCGAAAGCAGGGAAGGAAGGAAUCAAAGAACGGAAGCUUAGACGUUCUGAACCACAGUGCCAAGGAGAAUUUGCAACAGAGAAAAGCACUGUGGGAUCUUAUUUGGCAACUACAAAGUCUGACAGUUUUGACAGACAGAAAGUGACAACAGACUACAGACACAGCAGCACAGUGUGAAGUCUCAUUUGGGGAAGUGGGGUCUGAACACCUGCAAUCAUGUCACUGUUCCGUAUAAAUAAGUCUUCACCAUCUAAAACCUUGACUCUUGGCUCAAAGCCAAACAAAACUCAGGCACCUGAUCUAGUUCAGCUCAUCAGCCGAAUGCAAAGCAGUGCUGACUUGGUGGAGAAGAGCAUUAUAGACACAGAAGAAAAGCUAAAACUAGACACCAAUAACUACAACAGUAAGAAGCCUUUCCAGUACCAAAAGCGUAAUGCUGACAACUUGAGAAAUGCAGAGGACCGCUUGAAGGAACUCUUUCUGGAUACAGACAAAGCUAAAAAGCUAAAACAUCCACAAGCAGAGGAAAUUGAAAGAGACAUAAAACAGCUCCAUGAACGAUGGGUGUCACAGUGUGCAGAAUAUCGUGACCUGUAUGACAAGCUAAAUAUCCCAAAAACUGGAGGCACCAUAGUAGAUUGGCCAAGACUUUUUGAACAGAAGCAGAGAGAAAUUAAUAAAGGCACAUAUGGACCAGCACUGCCAGAUGUGGAAAAACAAGUUGCACAACAUAACAUCCUUCAUAAGGAGAUUGAUGAGUACGGGCCACAAAUUGAAAAGAGUACAGUCAAGCCGGAACAACUUGCAGCAAUCCAGAGUCAGUAUAAAGACCUCUGGGAAUCUUCUAGAAGCCGUAAGAUCUACCUCGGUAGCCUGUAUGACUAUAUGCAAGGCUGCACCAGGGAGCUCAUGGCCCUUAAUGAUGAAUCAAAUAAAAUCGUCCAACAGGAUUGGAGUGACCAGAUGGCUGACCAUGAGGAAGCAAGAAGACGGUAUGAACAUUUCAAAACAUAUGAACUGAUGAACAAAGAGAGCACAAUAAACAAACUCCAGAGUAAUGGAGAUGAGCUGAUUCAACUUCAACAUCCAGCAGCACAAACUGUUCAGGCCCACCAGGAUGCCGUGAAGAAUGAAUGGCAAGAAUUCUUGAACCUCUGUCUGUGUCAGGAGAACCACCUGAAAAAUGUGGAAGAUUACAAGAAGUUCCACGAUGAUGCAGACAUUGUCAGCAAGUCAUUGAAGAAGAUAAAUACUGAUCUAGACAACAAAUACAAGAGCUACAACCGAGACAACCACCGUGUUAUGUCAGACCUGCUUUUGCAGCUUGAGAAUGAUGAAAGAGCACUGCUUCAAAAUGAGAAGGACCUUGCAGAUUUGAAGAAACGGAGCACUCAGAUCUCACCAUUAAAAAUGAGACGCAAUCGUACUUCCAAACCCAUCACUGUCGAAGCCAUUUGUGACUGGGAGGAUGAAUCAACAGAUAUUGCCCGAGGUGAGAAAUAUUCCCUCAAGGAUAACAGUGACAAUGACAAGUGGGUGGUACAGAGCAACACUGGAGUAUUAAAGAGUGUUCCUGGGGUCUGCUUUAAUAUUCCUCCUCCUGAUCCUGAGGCCAUCAGUAGCAUUGACAAACUGAGCAAUGAUUUAGCAGAGGCAAAGGUGAAGCAUCAGAAGGUCCGAACUGACUUAAAGAACAGCUAUGAUGAGGUCAACCGCCUUGCACGACCAGUUCUUGUGCAGAAUACUGCUAGCCAGAAGGAAGACCCCAAGGGCUUGGAACUUCUGAAGAAAGUUGACAAGAUCAAUGCAGAUCUGAACCAGACAGAGAAUGACAUUCUUAAUCGGAUGAGGGUACCUAUAAACCGAAAUGCUCCUUCAAAGGACUUAAGCUCUAGACUCAGUGACCAUGAGGGUACUGUUCGGACACUGCAAAAGAUAGGCACAGAGAAGGAUGCUCUGCAGAAGGAAUGUGAAAAAUAUCUGUCCAGCAAGCCCAGUGGUGUCACAGCUGCACAACUCCCAAGCGCACUCAGCGACAUGAAGAACAAGUACAAUGACGUCACUGCGCUGUCAAAACUGUACCAGGACAAAGGGAAGUCUGCGUUGAACUUAGAGAACCAGAUCAAGAAGACAGACAGCAUCAUCACUUCCUUUGAAAAUGAACUGGCACAGGAAAACUCAAUCCCAGCAUCCUCUAAUGUUCUGCAGGACCGCAUAAAGGAGUUACAGAAAAUGAAGCGUGACUUGGAGAAUAAACAAGAUAACCUACAGCAGCUUAAUGAAAACUUCAGCGAUACAGAACAGUGUUGCAGUGCACUUCAUACUAACUUCCAGGAGUUUUGCCCUGACCUGCCUAAACAAGAAACAGAAGUUCGGCGCCUUAAUGAUCGCUUCAAUGCUGUUGCCGAACAGCUGAAUGAGAGAGAGCAAAAACUUCAGAAUGCUGACAUUGCUUAUCAACGUUUCAAAUCAUCUAAUCAGGAUUUAAACACAUGGAUAAACAGCUUACCCAAUAACCAGCUCAGUGCUAAUGAUGGCCUAAGUCAAGUAAACUACAAACUGCAAUCACAAAAGAAAGUGGUAGAUGAAAUAAAACGGAAGGAGCAUGACAAAGACUCACUUGUAGAUUUAUCACAUGACCUUCAGACGACUCUGAAUGACUAUGACCUGUGCACUGAUAAGUACAGAACAUCUUUGGAUCCCUCCUUGAGUGCAUCUUCAGCAAAGAAGUCACGUACCUCAUCACUUCAGGACAACAUCAUAAACCAGGAAAAAGUCCUUGUGAAGCAGUACACUGAGGCUGCUGCAGCAAAUCAGUCGCAGCUAUCACAGCUUGAAUUUGCAAAGAACGUUCUGGAACAGCAAGAAGAUCAAGUGAGCAAUGUUGUUGUGCAGAGGAAUGUUCAUACAGAGAAUGUACAGAGUAAAGCAAGAGAGACUGAGCUCCUUAAGCAGCAGAUGGAAGAGGAGAAAAGGAAGAUUAAUGACGUUCAAGUGACACUAGAUGAAAACAGAAGAAAACUGUUGCUUCUGAGGAGUCAAAGGCCAGUUGAAAAAUUUGAGGAGAAAGAAGUUGUGCAGUACUACAGGGAUCCAAAACUGGAAAGUGAAGUAGCUUCCCUUAAAACUAAAAUUGAAAGUGAAUACAAGAGAAAAGCUAACACCCAAGCAGAGAUUCAAGCACUGAAUAAUAAAAUUCUUCUGUUUGAGAAUGAGCGGAAGGCAGUCAAGCCACAGCUCAUCACAAAGGAGGUCACACAAAUCGAGAAGGACCCACUUCUAGAUAAAGAAGCUGCCAACCUGAGAACAGAAAUUAACAGACUUAAAAAUGAGAAUGCAGUAUCUUUCAAAGAAUUUGAGCAUCUGCAAACAGAUGUCACAAUUCUUGAGCAAAAGAAGCCAAAUAUCAAAGAAAGGGUUGUUGUUAAAGAGGUGGUAAAGGUGCAGAAAGACCCACAGAUGUUACAGUCAGCAAGGACCCUCCAGUCCCAAAUUGAUGAUGAGAUAAGGAAGAGAAGAACUCUAGAAGAAUCUACAAUUACACUGAGAAACAGGAUUCUGGAAGUUGAGAGGCAGAUAAGCCUAGCAGAGCCAAAGGUUAUUGUUAAAGAAGUAAAGAAAGUGGAACAGGAUCCAGUACUACUGCAGGAGGCUGGCAAAUUGAAAUCACUUCUAGAUGAAGAAAGACACAAAAGCAGUUUGCUUUCAAGAGAAAUAACUGAUUUAAGAACCAGGUACAACAUUAUAGAAAACCAGAAACAAAAGAUUGAAAUUAAGGAAGUUAUUAGCGAACUGUUUCAUAUUGCCCCAGAAACAGAAAUGGAAAUUACUAAUAUCAGAAGAGAGCUACAGAUGUCUUCUGAGAAGAAAUCAUUGCUAGAUAAAGAAAUUGAUAAAAUAAGGAAAGAAUUGGAAGAGCUUAGGUCUCAAAAGCCAAGAGUAGAGCAAAAAGAAGUUGUCCAAGAAGUUGUAAAGCUUGAAAGCAGUCCAGAGAUACUUAAAGAAAUUGACAGGCUAAAACUUCAACAAACACAGAUAACAGAUAGCUGGAACAGAUGCCAUGAGCAGGUACUAAGGUUACGUAAUGAAAGGGAUGAAUGGAAACGGGAAAGGGCCAAAGUUGAAACAAAGCUAGUUAAUAAGGAACUAGUUAAGUAUGAAAAUGACCCAAUGCUGGAAAAAGAGGCCGAACGCCUCAGGAAAGAAGUGCGUGAAGAAUCACAAAGACGAAGAGAAACUGAAGAAACAGUAUUUACUCUGCAGAAUAAGUAUUUACUACUUGAAAGGAAGAAACCAGAAGAAAAAGUUGUCAUUCAAGAAGUUGUGCGACUUCAGAAAGAUCCAAGUUUGUUGGCAGAACACAAUAGACUAAAUAAGAGUUUGGAUGAGGAAGUGAGAAAGAGACGUAAUCUGGAACGUGAAGUUCAGCAACUUAGGGUAUUGGUUGAAGAUAAGGAGAAUAUUCUUGAUCUUGAAGGAGAAAGAAUGAAGAAGCUGGCAGUAGAGCAGGAGCUAAGGUUAGUCAGAACAAGGAUCAAAGACCUAGAGGACAGCCCUGCCCCAGUAGAGGAACAAAUAGUCAGAGAGAAUGUGGUGAAAGUAGAAAGAGAACCAAAGCUUGAGAGAAUUAUAGAAAACCUACGUACAGAGUAUAACAAUGAGAAAAACAGAAUCUUAGAUUUGGAACGGGAAUGCAGGAACCUUCAGAUCAGGAUUGAUAUACUAGAGAAAGAAAAGUCCCAAGAGAAGACAAUUUAUAAGGAGGUUAUCAGAGUGGAAAAAGACAGAGUACUAGAAAGUGAGCGUAAUCAGCUUAGAGAUAUAUUAAAUAAAGAGAAAAUAGGAGUCCAUGAUGCUGAGCAAGAAAUACGACGACUAAAUCAAAGAAUCAACAGGAUUGAUGACACAUUUAAAAAUUAUAAACGGGAGGAAGCAGAUCUGAACAAAGAAAAGGAAAGAAUCCUGUGGGAAAAGACAAAUAUAGAAAGAGAUCUAAAAGAACUAGAGAGACAGAAACAAAAUGUUGCUAUUCAUUUUAUGGAGGAAUCAAAGCUCCGAAGUGAGAAAAGUGAAAAGGACAAGCAGAGGAGACAACAGCUUCUGACAGAAAUUUCUCUUUUGGAGUCAGACAUUCUUAAAGAAAAAGAUAUCAUCUACCAGAAAGAAAAUGCUGCAAGAGAACUUCAUUUGGCAUGCAGCAAAGAAGAUUCAGGCCAAACUGAUAUGCAGAUGAGAGAAACAAACCUUUCUACUAAAAUUUCUAUCCUAGAUCCAGACACAGGCAAAGAUAUGUCACCUUAUGAGGCCUACAGGAGAGGGCUCAUUGACAGAAAUCAGUAUACUCAAUUGCAAGAACUUGAGUGUGAUUGGGAAGAGAUCACUACCCUUGGCCCAGAUGGAGAAACAACAGUACUUCGAGACAAGAAAAGUGGCAAACAGUACUCCAUUGACAAUGCACUGAGAGACAGGAGGGUUACAAAAGAAGAAUACCAAAUGUACAAAAAUGGAAAGAUCCCAAUAUCAGAAUUUGCUCUCCUAGUGGCAGGAGAACAAAAGCCUUCAUCCUUCUCAUUUGGAUUUUCUUCCCCCAGAUCACCGCUAUCAUCACCAACCACUCAGAGAAGACAGAAUUUCUUUGAUCAGUCCUCAGCAGCCACCCCAAGUGAUGAUACAUAUCCAAUAGCAGGGAUACAUGACAGUACAACGAAUACCAGGUGUUCAGUACGAAGUGCGCUGCUAAAAAAGAUGAUCGACCCAGUAACAGCCCAAAAGCUGUUAGAAGCCCAGGCUGCCACUGGUGGUAUUGUAGACAUUUCGACAAAAGAAAGAUACUCUGUCCAUAAAGCUUCAGAAAAAGGUCUAGUAGACAGCACACUAAUGAAAAGGCUAAUCAAUGCUCAAAAGGCCUUCACUGGUGUUGAAGAUCCUGUAACCAAACAAAGACUUUCAGUGGGGGAAGCUAUUCAAAAGGGCUGGAUGCCCCAAGACAAUGCUCUCCAUUACCUGCAGGCUCAAUAUUUGACAGGGGGGUUAGUAGACCCUAAUAAAGCUGGCCGUGUUGAUAUUGAUAAUGCAGUGAAACGGGGUAUGAUUGACAAGGAAACUGCCAGAAUAAUUAAGGAAGAAAGUAAUUAUGUUCCAGAUAUCACAGAUCCUGUAUCAAAACAGAAGAUCAACUACAAAGAUGCCAUGUCACGCUGUGUUAAGGAUAAUAAAACUGGGUUGUUAUAUCUUCCAGCUGCAUCUAGUAGUCAGCAAUCUUCAUAUAUGCGCUCUUUCGUUCGUUAAAUCUUUAAUUUUGACAAUUCUCAAAAUCAGUAACUAUUCCCAACCAGAUAUUAAUCUGUCUGAAAUCUUCUAUCCUGCUGAGAACUGUAGCUUUGCUGCAUAAGCAAUAAGCCUUAAAUGUAUAUCAAGAUGUUCUUUGGGUUGUUUGUCUUCUAACCUGCAGGACAAAUAGCCUGUUUUCCAAAUUAUUUUUGUAAAAAGGCAACGUCAUUAUGUAGGAUUCCAGCAUAAAAUGUUGUAAUAGGUGGAAGGCUUUCUUUUGCAACUGUAAAGUAUAUCAUCUCAUUUUUAAUCUAAACUAAACCAGGUUGAAAGCAUUAUAUGUACACCAGUUCACAUAAUUUGAUUUAAGAAAGAUCUGUAAAGCACUGCAAUUUAAUAUCAUUCCUUAUUAAAAACAUAUUUUAUUACA